AAUUUCUGAGCGAUAAUUUUGCUAUACAUCUAUCAUAGAACUUUUCAAGUACCCAGUUAAAAAUAUGGGUGAAAAUAUUAAAAUUGCAGAAAAUCUAAGUUCAACCAUUCGCUUAAAUGAUGGAGUAGAUAUGCCCUUAUUUGGCCUUGGUGUUUGGCUUCUUAAGGGAGAAACUGCAGAGACUGCUAUAUGUCAUGCGCUAAAGAACGGUUACAAAAUGCUUGACACUGCACAGUUUUACGAAAACGAAACACAAGUUGGUCGAGGUUUAAAGCUUUCUGGAAUUGACAGAAAGGACAUUUUUUUCGUUACUAAAGUGUGGUAUACAAGUCAUGGUCGUGAAGGUACUGACUACAUUGAUUUGUACCUCAUACACUCUCCUUAUGGCGGUAAAGUAUUGGAGACUUACGAUACACUUUUGGAAUUUAAAUCACAGGGAAAAAUAAGAUCUGUUGGAGUAUCAAACUUUGGAAUUCAACAUUUAGAAGCAUUGGAAAAAGCUGGGAGACCACUUCCGUCUGUUAAUCAAAUAGAAUUGCAUCCUUUCCAAAGAAAAGAGAAAAUAGUAAAAUAUUGUAAGGAAAAAGGGAUUACUGUAAUGGGAUAUAGUCCAUUAAGUAAAGGAAAAUCAUUAGAUAAGCCCAUGCUAAGUGAAAUGUCUGCAAAGUACGGCAAAAACGUUGGUCAACUAAUGAUAAGAUAUAGUGUUCAAAUGGGUUAUAUUACUAUUCCGAAAUCACAAAACUUUGACAGAAUUAUCUCAAAUACCGAUGUUUUCGAUUGGAGAAUAAGUGAUGAAGAUAUGAAAGUUCUUAAUAAUUCGGAAGAAGAGAGCUGUACGUGGGACCCGACGGUGGAACCAUGGAUAAGCUAA